AUGGGUGCCCUUGCAGACUUUUUGCUUGAGACGGACGCGAGGGAGUUGAGAUGGAAUAUCAUCUUGGCCGUUGUCGCGAUCCUCGUAUUCAGGCGUGUCUACAUUAUUAUCGACCGCCUGUACUUUUCGCCACUAGCAAAAUUCCCCGGCCCAAAACUUGCUGCCGCCACAAGUCUUUAUGAAUCAUACUACGAUGUCAUCAAGGGUGGAGUUUACUACAAGCAGAUCCAAAAGCUGCACAAAAUCUACGGUCCAAUCCUUCGAGUAAACCCUUAUGAGCUGUCAGUAGAUGAUGGCUCGUUCUACGAUACCGUGUACGUCUCUGGUGGCAUUCGACAAACCGAGGAGUUCAAUUACUUCGUACAGGGCCUCGACUUGGGAAACACUUUCUUUGCCACGAAGGAUCAUAAACUACACCGACAACGGCGCAGACCAGUUGAACCAUACUUCUCGCGCGCUGGAGUAACAAAACUUGAGCCCAUUAUGAGUGAAUGCGUUCAAAAGCUCUCCGAUAGAUACGAUAGCUUCGAAGGUACGGGAAAAAUCUCCCGCGUGGACCAUGCCAUGCAGGCUUUGACUGGCGAUAUCAUUCGCCGCGUCUGUAUUGGCGACGGAGAAGAUUAUCUUGACGACGAGGAGUUCUCGCCCGGGUGGCACGACCUCAUGCACUCCAUCGCACUUUGUAUCCCGGUCUUUGUCGUCUUUCCUUGGGUUAUCCACUUCCUGAAAUUCAUCCCCGAAAAGGCACUCGUCUGGAUUGCUCCUCAUACGCAAGCCUUCAACACCUACCGAGAGAUGGCCACGAAGCACAUCGAAGACACCAAGAAAGAGGAUCCUAGCAAGAUCGAUCUCGACGGAGCCAAGAUUGGUUCCAAGCCCACCCUUUUCCGAUACUUGAUCCACAAGAGUGACCUUUCCGAGGAAGAUAAAGACACCCACCGACUGGCCAACGAGGCGCAGAGCCUUCUCGGAGCCGGCAGUGUCACGACCGCCCGAACUGCAACUGUUUGCAUAUACUAUCUUCUCAAGUGCCCUGAGAUCUGUGUCCGUGUCCAGGAGGAGAUCAAGGAGUUUGUUGCCGACUGGCCAGAGAAGGCACCUACAUUUUCGGAUCUCGAGAAGCUUACCUAUCUUCAAGCGGUAAUAAAGGAAGCUCUACGCGUAAGCUACGGAUCUCUCCACAGGCUCUCUCGUAUCUCGCCCCAUGAGCCACUCCAAUACAAGGAAUGGACCAUUCCGCCCGGAGUUCCCGUCGGGAUGAACGCAUACUACAUGCAUACUGACGCCGAAAUAUACCCCGAGCCUUUCAAGUUCGACCCCGACAGAUGGCUGGAUAACGUCACCCCCGAAAUGAAACGCAACUUCGUCCCCUUGGCGUACGCUGAAAUCAGCCUGGUGUUGGCCGUCCUCUUCCGUCCUGGCGGCCCCAAGUUCAGACUAUAUGAGACUGAUGAGACUGAUAUUGGGUCCCUUCAUGAUUACAUCAUCCCCAUAGGACGUUUUGGCUCGAAGGGGGCUCGUAUCAUUUUUGACUAA